AUGUCCUUGAAACCUGACGACCCCAGUGCUGGGUUCCAGCACAACAAUGUGGUGGCCUUCAUCAAUGAGAAGAUGGCCGGGCACACGAAAGGCCCUGAGUUCUACCUCGAGAAUAUAUCCCUGUCCUGGGAGGAGGUAGAGAACAAGUUCAGGGCCAUCCUGGAGGAUAGCGCGGUGCCCAGCGAGGCCAAAGACGCCUGUGCCUGGAGCAGCCUGGCCCUGGGCGUGCGCAUUGCCCGCAGGCAGAGCCAGUUACACAAGAACAGGGUACAGUGGCUGCACGAUUUUGCCAGACUGCAUAAGUCCGCUGCACAGACCUUGGCCACUGACCUAAAGAUGGUCACAGCGCAGCAGGAGAUGGAGCGCAAGGAGUCAGCCUUCCGGCUGUGGCAGACACAAGCAAACCUGGCGGAGAUGCAGAAGGAACGGGACCUCCUGAGGUGGAAGCUCUUCCACCAACAGCUGGGGUGUACCAGGGAGCAGGGCCAGGCCUCAGAGGAGCCAGGCCUGGCCACUGCCAGUGGGGCUGCGACAGAAGGGGCCCAUGAGGAGGAGGAGGAAUCUCAAGCUGCUGCUACUUUUGCUACUGCUGUUGGUGCCACAGGAAGAGGAAGAAGAAGACAGAAGGAUACGCUGGGGGCAGAAGCCACAAAGGAGCUGGGUGGAGGCCUCAUGCACCUGGUUGGAGCCAGAGCGGAAAAAUUACACCACUGGUGGGCAGAGGGAGGGAGAUCUCAGGUCAGUGGAAACAGCCAUGUUUUAUUUCUCUGGAACCGUGAAGCCCAGGUCCAGAGUCACACCAUCACCCCUCCCUGUCCAGCUCCCUGCCUCAUUCACAUACUCCUACUCAUGCCCCUCAUCCCCCUUCCCACCUGCACCCACACCAUUCCCACCAGCAGCAACAUUCACAGCAGGAGCUCCAUCUCAGACAUCUCCCCACUGGAAGCCCUCUGA